AUGGCCACCGCCGGGCUUCUGGCCAAGCUCUCCGAAAUCCAGGAGCAGCAGACGACGUCUUCUUCCCACAUACAGCGUCUUCGAGACCAGCACCGCGAGUGGCAGCGUUCCGUGGAUGAGCUUCUCGCGGACCUUCGGAGGGAAGCAGAGGGCGCUCCACUGCUGCCAGCUCCCCCAGUUCAGGAGGCUCCUUCUCCUUCGAAACAGGGGGACACGGUCAGGGAACCCACAUCAAACGAAGACGAGGAAGGAGACGAGCCAAACAGGGCAUCCAUCUCCUUCAGCAGAAGAUCAAUGAGCACGGAGUCCCUGUUGAGGUCGCGGAACACCGUUGCCCAGAACUUCCCGGCGGGGCCACUGCGCAAGCUCGUCACCGAGGUCUUGAACGACAGCAAGGCAGCCCCCAAAGAGCUCUCCUGGCUGGGCCGCCUCCGCGCAAAGGCAGCUGCUCUCGUCCAGUCCUCGUGGUUUGAGUUCGGCGCCGGGGUGAUCAUCCUCCUGAACCUGGUCACCAUCGGCAUCGAAGCUCAGCUCUCCUUGCACAGCGGCGAGACCUACAACGGCAACUUCUGGCCAGGAGGUGUGGAGAGGAUCUUCCUCGCAAUCUACAGCAUCGAGGCGCUGCUGCGUUUGGUCGCCGGCGGCCUGAUGAUCUUCCUCGACCUCUGGUUCCUGUUGGAUGUGGCCCUGGUCAUCGUCGGAUUGCUUGCGCUACUGAUUGUGCCCGCAGUCGCUGGCAACUCUGGGGAUAUCGAUGGCUUCGAGAGACUGCUCGUCGUACGAGGCCUGCGCUUGUUUCGACUCGUCCGAGCCUGGCGGAUGCUGCGGCACUUCAAGAUUGUGUGGCGGCUGAUCUACGGGCUGAUGAAUGCGGGGCAGACGAUCAUCUCCACUACUAUGUUGAUCAUGGUCUCCUUGUUCAUAUUCGCGUGCGUCGCGGUGGAGGUCAUCGCAAAGGAUGACUACUUGGCUCGUGCUGAGGCUACCGCCGAGAUCGUUGAGAAGCAGUUCUUCGGCCUUAAUCGGGCGAUGGUGACCCUGAUGCAGUUCGUAACGCUCGACAACCUCUCGGAUGUGUAUUACCCGCUCAUCAUGGCAAGACCUUGGCUGUGUUUGUACUUCUUCCCUAUUCUGGUCUUCAUCUCCAUUGGCUUGAUGAAUUUGGUCACGGCAGCUUUGGUGGAAAACGCCAUGCAAACGGCAGCACACGAAGCUGAAGAGGAACGCCUGAAGUUGAAGAAGAGGGUGCGGGGUGCCUUACCGUCGCUUAUCGAGAUCUUUCACGCCUUAGACACGGACCGCAGCGGGCUUCUGACGCAUGAGGAGGUGGUAAACGUCCCGUUAGAUGUCCUGCCUCCAAGGGUCCUUGAUGCCAUCUAUGUGGAAAGCAUGGCAGACAUCUUUGACUACCUGGAUGUGGAUGGAACGGGGCAGCUUUCGCAAAUGGAGUUUGUCGAGGGACUGCUGAAUCUUUGCUUGAUGGACAUGCCCAUCUCCACCAUCCAGUCGCUGAAGCUUCUGCAGUUGAUCCGUGGCUUGUUGGGCAAAGUCGACAAGGAGGUAACGUCGCUAAAGGAACACGUUCAAGCAAUCGGUCAGGCGGGUCACGUAGAGCUCGUCUGA